AUACUAAUGGGGUUCAUUUCUGCUGUGCCAGGACGGGAACUCCUCCUCCAUUGUCUCUUUGAGUGGGUGUGGAAGCAGAUUCUUUUUUGGCUGCAGAAAGCGACAACCAUUCAGUUACUUGCAGAGACAGGAGCCUGGAAGGGGCUGCCGGGCCGGUGCCCCUCCAUCUCCACCACCCGCUUGCCAGGCUGGGCCUCCCAGCUGCUCGUGCACAGCUCCUCUCCUCCCUCUCCGCCUCUAGGUGGUCCCGGUACUGGGAACUCUCCAGUGGCCCACGCCUCCCGGACUCUGCCCAGCCACGUCCCCAGCCCCCCCAGGGGUCCCCCGCUCAUUCUCUCGGCUCAUCUUGUUGGUUUCUCUCCGGGGUCACCGUCUCCCUUUCCCGCUAGAAAGUCAGCUGCACGAGACCCGGGCUCCCACCUGCCCAGUUCCCUGCCGGCUGAGUUCGCAGCCGCACGCAUGACGGGCACGCAGCAGGGGUUCCAGACGCCCUGGCCGAAGGAGUCUGGGAGCUUCUCACACGCGCCCCCUUCUUCUCACCCCUUUCAAGCUGGGGGCUCUGCUGCCCGGUUCCCAGGGUGCCCAGCUCGGGUGCCAGGGCGGGGGCCUGUGGGCGGCGCCUUCUCCAUCACGGGGUUGAUUUUCCCCCAGUCCUUUGGCGGCAGGAACCUGAAGCGCGUGGGGGUCAUCCUGCAGCGAGGCAUCCUCAUCCUGCUGCUCUGCUGCCUCCCGUGCUGGGCCGUCUUCAUCAACACCGAGAGCCUCCUCCGACUCCUCAAGCAAGACCCCGAGGUCUCCAGGAUGGCCCAGAUUUACGUGAUGACUUUAAUUCCUUCUCUUCCUGCAACAUUCCUGUUCCAGCUGCAGGCAAAAUAUUUACAAAAUCAGGGCAUCAUCCUGCCUCAGGUGAUCACCGGCAUCGUGGCCAACGUCCUCAACGUGGGCAUGAAUGCCCUCCUGCUGUCCGCCCUGGACCUCGGGAUGCAAGGAUCAGCCUGGGCCAACACCACGUCCCAGUUCUUCCUGUGCGCUCUGCUCUUCCUGUACCUGCGGUGGAAGAAAAUCCAUGUCGACACGUGGGGCGGCUGGACCAUGGACUGUUUCCAGGAGUGGGGGUCCUUCAUCCAGCUGGCCAUCCCCAGCAUGUUCAUGGUGUGCAUCGAGUGGUGGACCUUUGAGGUUGGAACCUUCCUUGCAGGACUGAUAAGCGUGACAGAGCUUGGCGCCCAGGCCGUGGUUUAUGAACUGGUUACUGCAGCCUACACGGUGCCCCUUGGCUUUGGCGUGGCAGCCAGCGUCCGGGUGGGCAACGCGCUCGGGGCAGGGAAUCCUGAGCAGGCAAGGCACGCUGGUGUCACCGUCCUGCUGUGUGCAGGUGUUUGUGCCCUUGUGAUAAGCACCGUCCUUGCUGCUUUAAAGGAUGUGGUUGCCUAUGCGUUUACCAGAGACAAAGCGAUCAUCUCCCUUGUGAGCCGCGUGAUGCCGAUUUUUGCUCCCUUUCAUCUAUUUGACGCACUUGCAGGCACCUCUGGCGGAGUCCUGAGAGGCACUGGAAAACAAAAGAUGGGGGCCUUCUCGAAUGCCAUUGGUUACUAUGUCUUUGGUUUCCCCCUCGGAGUAUCCCUGAUGUUUGCUGCUCAUCAUGGGAUAAUAGUGGCUGCACCCGAGUCCAUGCCCGCCGGAGUGCAGGCGAGCGCGCUUUUCGCCACAUCCUCACCGGCGCGUGCUGUUCACGGUCCCUUUGAGGGCGGCCACUCUGACAGGUGUGCGGUGGUCGCUCAUUGCGGUUUGGAUCUGCGUUUCCCUGGCGACGAGCGACGCUGAGCAUCUCUUCAUGUGCCUGUUGGCCAUCUUUAUGUCCUCUUUGGCAAAAUACCCAAGCAGUUCUGCCCAUGUUUUAAUUGGGCUGUGAUUUUGGUUUUACGAUGUUGAGAGAGGCGGGUUUCCAAGGGGGUUCUGAGCACGCUGGGGGCUCACACACUCUCCCCAGUCUGGAAGCUCCCGGUGGGGGUGGGCUCGCACCAGACUUGCCAUCAAGCCUGGAGCCUUCAGGGCUGGAACGCUCUUCCCUGACCUCCGCCCCCGCUUCCUGCUCCCCCUGGGCCCGGCUCGCCCUCCCCUCUGCCCGCGGGCCCUGCCUGGAGCCCCACCACUGGCCCGUCUGCCCUCCGCCCGCACCCUCCUCCUGGCGGGGCUGCAGGUCACGGCUCGGCCCGCGUCCUGCUGGGCGCUGGUCACUCUUGGCAGCGUCGUGUUUGCUUGGCCACCGGGUGUCUCCCCAGGAGCUCCUCAGCCUCGUGAGGGCGCUGACGCCCUCGGCCUGUUCCGUCCCGCGUUUCCAGCCCUUCCACCACCACCCAGCCCAGACAGAGCCCGGAAAUACUCGUCGGGGCCGCAUAUAAAGCAGCCGCCAGUCCGGGGGGCGCUUUUUAUUGUGACUGAUGGACCGACUGCCCCGGAGAGGCCGGGGCACGCAGGCGGCUGGUCCUGGUCCCUGAGGACCGCGCGUCUCGGGGCGCUGCUCCAAGUGCCGCUUGCCGUGUGGACGCCGCGGGGCCGGGCCAGCGCUGCGCGGACGGUCGCAGGAUGGAGAAGAGCGCGACGGGGUCCCUCGCUCUGCACCCGCAGGUCUCUGGUCCGGGCUGACGGUCUGCGUCUCCCUCCAGACCCUCUUCUACCUGGUGCACAUCUGGAGGACGGACUGGACCAGCGCCGCCCAGCAGGU